UGCAGACACACAUGCUGUAGUGACUUCACAGUGUUUUUGUAUUCGGGAUUCUUUUUCUUUUUCUUUUUUUCCUUCCCUUCACUACGGAUGCUGGCAUCACAUAUUAAUUGCAAUCAUGAUGAUAAUCAGCAGGAAACCAGAGGGCCCGAUAGCAACAGCACGCCACGGUGAUGGUCUGUACGACUCGUACAUGAGGACAGACCACCUCCUUAAAGACGAAGCGGAUACAAACAGUCCGUCUGGGCUGCCCCCUAUGCCCAAACACACAGUUGUCAGUAACAAGACUGUGAUGAGGGAUCAGGUAACCGUGCGAGGUAGCCAUCUGAAGGUCAAGUACCUGUACGAGGACUCCACCAACAACCGAAAGAUCAACGCCAUAACCACAGCAGCCACUCACAACAGUGUGAGUGCAGGUGGGACGCCCAGUAAACCGACCCCGCCCUCCAGCCUGUCCAAGGAGCACAGUGUAGACAGCACUGAAUCCAGUAAGGGCUCCGGGGAUUCCGCCGGUCCUAAUGGAGUUGGAAGUGGAGGGAACAGUGGGAAGCUGUGUGGCCCUCUCACUCCUGACCAGGCUCUGAGACUGUACCGAUCUCAACUGACCACUCUGGAGCAGACGGAGAUCCACUCCUACCCAGACAUCCACUUUGUGGGACCCAAUGCCAAGAAGAGGCCUGCAGUCGCUGGAGGCAACAACAACUGUGGCUACGAUGACGAGCAGGGUGGAUACAUUCAUGUCGCCCAUGACCACCUGGCUUACCGCUACGAGUUCCUCAAGAUCAUUGGUAAAGGUAGCUUUGGCCAGGUGGCUAAGGUAUACGAUCACAAACUGCAGCAGCACCUGGCUCUCAAAAUGGUGCGCAACGAGAAGCGUUUCCACCGGCAGGCGCAGGAGGAGAUCCGCAUCCUGGAGCACCUGCGCAAGCAGGAUCGUAACGGCACCAUGAAUGUUGUGCACAUGCUUGAAAACUUCACCUUCCGCAACCACAUCUGCAUGACCUUUGAGCUGCUGAGCAUGAACUUGUACGAGCUCAUCAAGCGCAACAAGUUCCAGGGCUUCAGCCUGCCGCUGGUCAGGAAGUUUGCACACUCCAUCUUGCAGUGCCUGGAGGCCCUGAGCAAGCACAGAAUCAUCCACUGCGAUCUGAAGCCAGAGAACAUCCUGCUCAAACAGCAGGGGCGCAGCGGCAUCAAGGUGAUUGACUUCGGCUCCAGCUGUUUCGAGCACCAGCGGGUGUACACGUACAUCCAGUCUCGUUUCUAUCGAGCUCCAGAGGUGAUCCUCGGUUCGCGUUACGGGCUUCCCAUCGACAUGUGGAGCUUCGGCUGCAUACUGGCUGAGCUGCUGACCGGUUACCCCAUGUUCCCUGGCGAGGACGAGGGUGACCAGCUCGCCUGCGUCAUGGAGCUGCUGGGCAUGCCCCCGCAGAAGGUCCUGGAGCAGGCCAAACGGGCAAAAAACUUCAUCAACUCCAAGGGCCACCCUCGCUACUGCGGAGCCAACACCUUGCCCACGGGGGCCACUGUGCUCACGGGGUCUCGCUCUCGCCGCGGCAAGAUGAGAGGUCCCCCAGGUAGCAAGGAGUGGAGUGCCGCGCUCAAGGGCUGCGAGGACCCCACCUUUACUGACUUCAUAAAGAAGUGCUUGGACUGGGACCCCUCGUCUCGUCUCACACCCAUGCAGGCCCUCAGACACCCUUGGCUGUAUCGGCGCCUACCCAAACCUCUACCUGGGACCGAGAAGAGCCAAGGGGCCUCAGUGAAAAGGCUCCCCGAGCACCACAGCACCUCCUUCCCCUCGAUUCUGGCCAAAGGAGGACCUGGUUUAGGCACCACAGCCGCCAGCAACAAACUGAGGAGCAACAUGAUGGGAGAUUCAGGGGAGGCCAUACCUCUUCGCACAGUCCUACCCAAACUUGUCUCUUAGAGAGAGAGAGAGAGUCCUGUGAUCUCCUCUCUUCCUCCACCGCGUCCUCCUCUGCACUCCUCAGGAGGAGUCAGAGUACAGCUCAACGUGGAGGCUAGGUUUUAAAACUUGUUUUGGUUGUUCUUUUAUUUGUUUUCUACUGAGAGGUGUCGACACCCCAGUUCCUGGUUUUAAUAUUAGCUGAACAGAGAGAAAGAGAGACAAUAAAAGAAACACAGUUUUUAUAUAGAGGAUUUCCAUUGAGCGGCUGUGGAAUUUGAAUGAGGUUUGAUUUAGACGAUGCUUUUUAAAAACUUUCUGGUAUGAGUGGACAGUGAACGAGCAAAUGUUUUUAACCUGCGUGUGUUUUGGUUAAACACACUCAAGCACACCUGCACUGUCACUUGCCUCACUUCCCUCUCUUUCUUAACACUAAGAGGACGCCUCCCCCUUUCUUGGCAGGUGUUUAUUUGAGUGAAACUUGAAAAGGGCUACAGAGAUUACUCUUAUCACAUUAGAGUUGGCGUAGCAAAGAUUUGUUCAGCCAAUGUGAUUGAAUAUUAAAAGAAGAAUCAAGCGGUAGUGUUCGGGCCCUGCACACACUGACACACAGUUCCCCCUCAUACAUACGACAUGAAUGCCUUCACACAGGUGAUGAGGGACUAGCA